UAUCUGGGUCGGGUUUUCUUUGGGUUUCCUAUUUCUUAUUAGUCUACGCAUAUUACGACCAAGAAGACUACUUUGAGAUUUCAAACGAGAAACCACAUCGAUUCGACUACAAGCCAAUAUCCUAUACUCUUCCUCAUACAUCAUCAGCCUCAAAUCUAUCAAGAUGUACGCCUCGACAUUAUUAGUCUCGUUACUCGGUGCCUCGAGUGUCAUCGCCGCCCCGACGUGGCCCACAUUCAACUGGAAUGCCGCCAAGCCUGACGGGCUCGAGACCGUAUCCGAGUACUUCAAUAUGUUGGCACAGAAGGUUGAGAUGGGGAAAUACAUGUCGUCAGCCCCGAUUUGUGAUAUCUCAAGGGCACAGAUGGCUACAGCCCCUGAGCCACUGACUCCUCCGUCUCCCGGUUUAAUCCUAAAGCACGUGGCCAUCGGCCGCGGAACGCAGAACUACACCUGCGACACAACCAACGCGACUGCCGUCCCCGUAGCCGCCGGUGCCGUAGCUACACUCUUCAAUGCGAGCUGCGUCGCCUCCACGUACCCGGAUCUGCUGAAUCUCCUGCCCAAGCUGGCUCUCCAGUUCAACCUCACGGCGCAGGAGGACGCGCGCAUGGGCCCCACCAACCUGAUCAUCUCCGGCAAGCACUUCUUCACCAACAACACGACGCCCUUCUUCAACCUCGACACGACUCAGAACCAGAUCGGCGAAGCGAGCUGCUCCAAGGACAGCCAGACCAACGCGCCUGCUGACGCGCCCAAGGGCCAACAAGGCGAGAAGGCCGUCCCCUGGCUCCGCCUCAAGACGCAAUCCGGCUCCACAGGCAACCUGCAGGAGGUCUACCGCAUCGAGACCGCGGGCGGCAGCGCACCAGCCACGUGUCAGGGACAACCGGCAGCAUUUGAGGUGCAAUAUGCGGCACAAUACUGGUUCUGGGAAGGCGAAUCUCAGGCGUGAAGAAGAAGAAGGAAGAAAACAAAACGACGCUAUUGCUAAACCGAGUAAAUUGAGAUAAUCAUAAAACGACAAAUACCUAAGGGGUCUGUAAUGGGAAGGGGGCAGGGCAGGGCAGGCAUGAUAGGGGGCCGGGUGACUCCGCCUGUGCGUGUCUCGGAAGAUACGAGACGCGACGGCGCCGACAUGCAUAAUACCUAGUAUAGGUCGGACAUCAUCGGGCGGGGAACCGCAGCCCCUAUCCUCUUCAGAGCGCCUGGGUGGGCGCAGGCAUGGAUGGCAAGGCAAGGCAAGGGCAUAUGUACUAGGGCGUCACGCAUGCAUGCGUAUUGAGACAUGGGGCUACGAGGGGAUUUAUAGCGUUAUGAUUCAUACUAUUUUUUACACUUUUGUUUUAUUUAUCAUUUUUAUUCUUCUCGUAUAGUACGGUUUUAUCUUGUUAAUAUAUUAUGAAAUGUCGCAUUGAUGUGUUAUAGUGAUGUGUCCUAU